UUAUAAAAUGAGAUAUUUCUAAUGACUAUUUUAGCUGCUAAUAUGGUGCAUUCUUCUCCUGUUCAUGGCAGAACGGGUCCUUCAAAGGCAGAGAGAGGAGCUGAGGCAACUGACUGACUCUUAGUCUUGGAUACAUGCAUGGAUCAAAGUACUGAUUAGCAGGUCCUUCAAAGGCAGAGUGAGUAGUAGACGCCACCAACCGUUAGCCGUGGUUUUUCCGAAUACAUGGAUCAGAGGCACUCAACAGAACCGGUAGAACACAAACACGGAGAAUAUGAACUUAUUGGAGAUGCAGAAGACCCAUGCCUGGGAAUGUACGAUAAACCUCUUCCUUGCUUUGGCUGUGGAAUAGGAUGGUUUUCUCUUCUGCCAGGAUUUGUUUUCCCAUUGACGUGGUACUAUGCUACCAUUCUGUACUUCAGAAACUACUAUCGAAGGGAUCGUAGGGAGAGGGCUGGACUUGCUGCCUCCGCAAUAGCUGCAAUGAUAUGUACAGUUGCUGUAAUAAUCACAACAGCAGUUCUUAUCUUCUAGUUAUCACCACCGCCGUCUGUAUAUUUA